UCGAACGCAUCGGAAGAUUGAUUUAUUUGAUUUGAUUUUCGUAUUUUUUCGCUGUAGAAAGGAUAAACUUCACUUAUUUUAUUCAACUAUUCUCUUCAUAUUUCAAAUAAAUUAAGCAAGCAUUCAAAAUGAAUUCGAAAAUUCGUGUAGAAAACCGUACAAAUGAAGAAAUUUGGAAUUGUGAAAUGAAUUUAAUGAAACCAAUAUUCAAAACAACUUGUGAUUGUUGCUGUAAUUUAAUGGAAGAAACUGAUCGUACUAAGAAUGAAUCAAAAACUGAAGUUGCGAACGAACAAUUCACUAUAAUAUUAUUAGAAUAUUUUGAACAUGGUGAUACAACAGAAGUUGCUUUAUCAUUAGAAGACAUGCAGAUGGAAAACAAGCAAGACGAACUCAUACAAAAGGCUGUUAUUCUUGCAAUGGAAAGAAAACAUUCUCAGCGUGAAAUGAUUUCAAUUCUAAUAUCAGAUCUAUAUGGGUUACAUAUUUUUGAAAAACAUAUUUCUGAAGCUUUUUAUAAGCUUCUUUUAUGCUUGCCAGAUUUAAUUUUAGACACACCAGACGCUCCUAUAAUAUUAGGAAAUUUUAUUGCUAGAGCCAUUGCAGAUGAUUGUUUGCCUCCGAGAUUUAUUUAUGAUUUCAUAGACAUUAUAAACUAUAAUCAUGCAAGAUCAUCCCUCGAACAUGCCAAAGCUCUUUUAACUAUAAAACAUGGAUUGGUGAGAUUAGAUAACAUAUGGGGAAUUGGAGGAGGAAUGAGACCUAUUAAAUACCUAAUUAAAAAGAUUAGAUUACUGUUAAAAGAAUAUUUGUGUUCGGGAGACGUUUUAGAAGCUGAAAGAUGUGUACAAGAAUUAGAAGUUCCCCAUUUUCAUCACGAAUUAAUAUAUGAGGCUGUUGUAAUGAUGAUCGAAGAUGCUGAAGAAAGAACAAUGGAACUACUUCACAAACUCAUCCAGUCAUUAGCAACCGGCGCCAUUGUUAGUCCAUAUCAGUUGAAACAAGGUUUUGAACGCGUUUAUAAAGAGAUGGAUGAUAUUAGGAUCGACGUCCCUCACGCUUAUAUUUCUCUGGAAAAAAUCGUGAUGAGGUGUUAUAAAAAUGGAAUUCUGCCAGAAUACUUAAUGAAAGAAAUGCCUAGACCAGUCAGAAAUCUCUGAAAAUGACUUAAAACGAGAGAGAAAGCGAUUAUAGAAUACGAAGAGAAUGUCGUUACUUUGAUAUUUAUUCUUCGUUCUGGAAUGAAAAUUGUAAAUACAUCUAUCGCAACUCGAAUAAAAAUUGUUUUGAC